UGGUUCAUUUUGCGUCAUCGUGAUUGUUUACGACCAGUGUAAUUCAGUUAGAUCUGUUUAUCGAAAAAUCAGAGUGAUCGGUUAUGCUCAAAGAAUACGCAGCGAAUCAAGACACUGAUGACAAAAUGACACACAGCACCUGAUCAGAAAUAUAUAUACAAUUGGAGAACGAAACAACCCUUAGAAACUGGACUGACAAACAUGUCCGACUGUAGCUACAAGGUUAUCUACUUUAAUGUCCGCGGUCGUGCGGAGCCUAUUCGGUUGGUAUUACACGCAGCAGGGAUACCGUUCGAAGAUGAGCGCAUGGAAUAUAGCGACUGGCUUGCUAGAAAAGCCUCCAUUCCGGGAGGGAGAUUACCAGUCUUACUGAUUUCCAAACCCGGAGACGCCAAACCAAAAUAUUAUCAAGAAAGCCUGGCCAUCGCUCAAUUCUUGGCAAGACGUUUCCAACUGAUGGGUGACACGGAUGAAGAGAACUAUCUAAUCGACAGAAUCAUUGGACAGUGCUGUGACUUUGAUAAGGAGUUAUAUGACGCUUUCCACGUAUCAGAGGACAAAAGAAAACAGGCUAUCGAAGACGCAUUCAAGGGACCGAUUCAGAAAAUACUCGAUCUCUUAUCUCAAUCGCUUGCCGAAUCUGACGGGCAGUUUGUUGCUGGUAACAAGUUGACACUGGGUGAUCUUUAUCUUCUGGCGACACUGGAUCAUGUCCUCAAGCACGACGAAGCUCUGUUGAAGGAAAAAUACCCCAAACUACUUGAUUACCGAGAGAAAGUGAUCAACAGCAAUGUGAAUCUGGCUGCCUACAUCAAGUCGCGUCCAGACACGGAGGUAUAGGCUAGGUGCUUCGUGAUUUCAUUUGUAUUGGCUAAUUAAUUUAAUAAACUCUCUUUCGCACU